CUUUUCUCUCUUUAUUUCUUUUCUGUAAAUUAAUACUAUAUACAUCUAGACAUACACAUAUGCUCUCUCUCACUCUCUCAUAGUCUGGCACAAAUCACAGCAACAGCAGCAGUUUCCUCCACCCAACAGUCGCAGCGCUGCUACCUGCAGCAGCUGCUGCUGCAACUUGCAGGGCUUUUUUGGAGACAUAAUAUGUGUGGGUUGAUUGAUCUCAACACCGUCGACGACGACGAUACGGCGGCGCCGUCGUCCUCCGCCGCCGCAACGGCGGUGUGUUUGGAGCUAUGGCACGCGUGUGCUGGUCCACUCGUUUCGUUGCCGAAGAAAGGGAGUGUGGUGGUUUACUUCCCCCAGGCCCACUUAGAACACUCCUCCGAUUUUCCCUCCUCCGCCUACGACCUCCCUCCUCACGUCUUCUGUCGCGUUCUCGAUGUCAAGCUCCAUGCUGAGGCAGAUACUGAUGAGGUUUAUGCACAAGUCUCCCUAAUUCCUGAUGCUCAGCAGAUUGAGCAGAAAUGGAAACAAGGGGAAAUUGAAGCAGAGAGUGAAGAAGAAGACAUUGAAGGUGCUGCAAAGUCUAGUACACCUCACAUGUUCUGUAAGACCCUUACUGCUUCUGAUACUAGCACUCAUGGAGGUUUUUCGGUCCCUCGUCGGGCUGCUGAGGAUUGCUUCCCUUCCCUGGACUAUAAGCAACAAAGGCCUUCACAAGAGCUUGUAGCAAAAGAUUUACAUGGGAUUGAAUGGAAGUUCCGGCACAUCUACCGGGGCCAGCCUCGAAGGCAUCUGCUGACUACUGGUUGGAGUGCGUUUGUCAAUAAGAAGAAGCUUGUCUCUGGAGAUGCUGUGCUCUUUCUAAGGGGUGGUGAUGGAGAAUUGAGAUUGGGAAUCCGAAGAGCAUCUCAAGUCAAAAGUGAUUCUACUUUUCCAGUUCUUUCUAGCCAGAAGUUGAAUUUUGGAUCUAUCAGUGUUGUUGUCAAUGCUAUAUCCAUGAGAAGUGUGUUCAGCAUUUGCUACAAUCCAAGGGCUAACUCGUCGGAGUUCAUAAUACCAUUCUGUAAAUUCUCAAAGAGCCUUACUAAUUCUUGUACUGUUGGAAUGAGGUUUAAAAUGCGUUUUGAAACAGAAGACACAGCUGAGAGAAGGUAUACUGGACUAAUUACAGGGAUUAGUGAUGUGGAUCCCGUUAGAUGGCCUGGUUCGAAGUGGAGGUGCCUAUUGGUAAGGUGGGAUGAUCUAGAAAAUAUCCGACAUAACAGGGUUUCUCCUUGGGAGAUUGAGCCGACUGGUUCAGUUUCUGCAUCCAGCAGCUUGGUGGCACCUGGUAUGAAGAGGACAAGGGUUGGUUUGCCUUUCACAAAACCAGAUUUUCCAGUUCCCAGAGAUGGGGCGGGAUUGUCAGACUUUGGGGAAUCUUCAAGGUUCCAGAAGGUCUUGCAAGGUCAAGAAAUUUUAAGUUUUAAUUCUCCUUACGAUGGUUCUGAUAUUCCAAAUCAUCAUCCAUCAGAACCAAGGAGGUUCGCUCCUGGUUCUGGUAAUUCCACAAGUUCUGCAAUAGGAAGUGUGAGGAACCUUCUUGGAGAUACUUCAAUUUCCUAUAAAAGCACAGGCUUUGGUGAGUCGUUUCGAUUCAAUGAGGUCUUGCAAGGUCAAGAAACAUUUUCAAAUUCACCAUAUGGAAGAGGCCCAAGAAUCACUGAAGGUGUUCAAGCUUCAAGGUCAGGGAGUGGAUGGUCAGCCUUAAUGCAGGGUUAUAGUACUUAUCUUUGUCCAUCUGCACCAUCAAUGCAAGUGUCAUCUCCUUCUUCUGUGUUAAUGUUCCAGCAAGCCCGUGCUCCGGCUCCUAACUUCCAUGGUACACGAAGCGUUAAUCAGGAGGAGCAUGAGUUUAGCAACCGGUCUUCAUUUGAUGUUUCUGAAACAUAUGGUCGAAAGCUCACAUCAUCCUCGCCUUGUGAACAUACCUCUAGGAAGGAAGCCACACAAGGUUUCAAUUCCUUUGGUCUUUUAAAAGAGCAAAACCAACUGGGUAUCUCACAUUCUACUUUUGCAAUUCAUUCAUCGUAUAGAGGCAGUCAAGAUUUAGUUUCCACAUGUAAAAGUAGUUGCAAACUCUUUGGUUUUCCCUUGACUGAGGAAAGAAAUGUCAAGAAUAAAGAUUGCAAUCCCACUCAAUCUUUUCUACCCCGUGAUGAGGAGCAUUUGAAUCCAAAGCCUACACUGGUGACCAAGAUAGUUGGAAACAGUUGUACCAAUGUGACUGAACUCUAUGCUGUUAGAGAUAUGCUUCUCGAUAUUGCAUUGUAGUAUAAGAACUGUAAGUUUUGGAAAGGGGAAGCGAUGUAGGAAUGGUUUGUUGAUAUGAUUUCUAAGUGGGAGUAAUAAUUUGAUAUUGGAAAAGGCCUUAUUGGGUGGAGAAGGGAUAGAACUUGUUUACAAGGAUCAUGAGGAUGAUUUGAUGCUUGGAGAUUUUAUAUAGCAGAAAUCUGUUGUUCUGAACUUCGUGACAUUCAUUAAUGAAGAAAUGCGAUGGUGAUGUUUUGAUGGUUUUGGAAGGUGUUGCAACAGCAGCUGCUUCAAAGAACAGCUUGGUAACUGUUGAUAUCAUCUUAAACUUUUGAAAAAACUUGUAACUAUUCUCUGUGCAAGAUGUUGCAAGUUGAGACCUAACUCUCUCUCUCUCUCUCUCUGCUGUGGGUAAAGCAAUUCUAAUUGAUUUCAUAUGGUUUUCGCAUAGUAGUAUUUAUUUGCGAAAUGACUGCUUAAACUCACGAAAUGUGUUAUCCAGUCUAAACAUGCUAUUGUGACCUGAUGUUUAAUUUGCUCA